AAUUCUACGAAUUUUUAUAAUUCUAAGAAUGCCAAGAAUAUAUGGAAUAUUAGAAUUCCUGGAAUAUUUUAUUAUAUAAACAUAAUGAAUUUCCACGAACAUUAUUCAGAACUUCUUAAAAAAUUACCUCCUUCCAUAAAAAAGAAUAUAUGGAAUCGACUUAUUUCUAGAGUACAUAAUCCCUUGUCAGAAGAACAGACAAGUAGUAUUCAUUCUGAUAUUGAGUCAUUGCUAAUUAGUAAAAUUGAUAAAUAUGCAAAGAAAAAAAAUCUACAACGACGUAGUAAAUUAAUCUUAGAUCAUUCUAGAUCAAACUUAGAUCAAACCGAAAUUAAUCUUAAAUCGAACUUAGAUCAAACCGAGAUUAAUCUUAGACCGAACUUACAAGUAAUUAAUUCUGAAGAUGAAAUCAAUGCUCGAGUCAAAGAAUCUACUCAGGAAACAUUAAACUCUAUUAAGCAACAAAAAGAAGUUGAGUGUAAUCAAAUUCGUUUAGAUAUGGCUCUCAAGUCUAGAAAUUUAUUCGAACAUAUAUUAAAAAAAUAUAUUCGAGAUGGAACUAUAUAUAAUCUUAUUCAUUUAUUGGAAGAAGCAGAUGGAACACGAUAUCCUGACAUAUCUCGCAUUGUAAAGAAAAAUUGA